CUUGUGCCACAAGUAAUGGCUUGGUGUAGAGCUUGUUCAUAUCUGGGAAGGUUUGCGAUCAAAAGAACACUUCCCCAAAGCGGAUCAUAUGCAGUGAGAAGCCAGAUCUUUCAUUUACGGAGUCAAUGUUUUCAUUCCACUGUAUUCAAUCCGAAGGAGAAAGCCUCACCUAUUCCGAGAGCUGUACCUCUUUCGAAGCUGUCUGAUAGCUUUCUCGAUGGGACGAAUAGUGUGUACUUGGAAGAACUUCAAAGAUCUUGGGAAUCUGAUCCGAGCAGUGUUGAUGAAUCCUGGGAUAAUUUCUUCAGAAAUUUCGUUGGACAGGCGUCGGGGAGGGAUGGAGUUUCGGGCCAAACGAUACAGGAGAGCAUGCGUUUGAUGUUGCUUGUGAGGGACUACCAAGUUAAUGGUCACUUGAAAUCAAAAUUAGACCCCCUUGGUUUGGAAGAAAGGGAAAUCCCUGACGAGUUAGACCCUACAUUCUACGGUUUCACCGACACCGAUCUUGACCGCGAAUUCUUCAUAGGUGUAUGGAGUAUGUCCGGAUUUUUAUCUGAAAACAGACCGGUUCAGACUCUCAGGUCGAUAUUGACGCGUCUCGAGCAAGCCUAUUGUGGGAGCAUUGGGUUUGAAUUUAUGCACAUCGAGGAACGAGAGAAAUGUAAUUGGUUAAGAGAAAAAAUCGAAACUCCGACACCUAUGCACUACAACAAGGAUCGUCGUUUUGUAAUUCUAGAUAGACUUAUGUGGAGUACAAAGUUUGAGAGUUUCUUGGCAACAAAAAUGAAAACAGCUAAGAGAUUUGGGCUUGAAGGUGGGGAGACGUUGAUUCCCGGUAUGAAGGAGAUGUUCGAUCGAGCUGCGGACUUAGGGGUCGAGUGUAUAGUUGUUGGAAUGUCUCAUAGAGGCCGAUUAAAUGUUUUAGGUAACGUUUUCCGAAAGCCUCUACGACAGAUAUUCAGCGAGUUUGAUAAGAACUCAAAGUUUGAAGAUGAAAGCGGGCUAUACACAGGCACUGGUGAUGUUAAGUACCAUUUAGGAACUUCUUAUGAUCGUCCCACUCGGGGUGGGAAGAGGAUCCAUUUGUCUUUGGUUGCAAAUCCGAGUCAUUUAGAAGCCGUAGACCCUGUUGUGAUCGGAAAAACUCGAGCGAAGCAAUACUUUUCAAACGAUUUGGAUCGGACUAAGAACAUGGCAGUAUUGAUUCAUGGGGAUGGAAGCUUUGCAGGACAAGGUGUGGUGUAUGAAACUCUACACCUUAGUGCACUACCGAACUACACGACCGGUGGGACUAUACAUAUCGUAGUGAACAAUCAAGUGGCAUUCACAACCGAUCCAAGGUCUGGACGAUCUUCACAAUAUUGUACCGAUGUUGCCAAGGCCUUAAAUGCUCCCAUUUUUCAUGUUAACGGUGAUGACAUAGAGGCUGUCGUUCAUGUAUGCGAGCUUGCAGCACAAUGGCGCCAGACGUUUCAUUCGGACGUCAUCGUUGAUAUCGUGUGUUACCGGCGAUUCGGACAUAACGAGAUCGAUGAGCCGUUUUUCACGCAACCGAACAUGUACAGGGUCAUCCAAAAGCAUCCCUCAUCACUUGAAAUUUAUAAAAAUAAGCUUUUGGAAUCCGGAGAGGUGACUGAAGAAGACAUUGGGAGGAUGCACAAAAAGGUUGAUUCCAUUCUCAAUGAAGAGUUCUUGAAUAGUAAAGAUUAUGUUCAACAAAGAAGGGACUGGCUUUCAACUAAUUGGAAAGGAUUCAAAUCACCCGAACAACUUUCCCGAAUCCGAAAUACCGGGGUGAAUCCAGAGAUACUAAAGAAGGUUGGGAGAGCAAUCUCAAUUCUUCCCAAAGAUUUCAAGCCCCAUAGAGCGGUGAAGAAGGUGUAUGAAGAUCGAGCGAAGAUGAUCGAAACCGGGGAGGGCCUCGAUUGGGCGAUGGGGGAGGCACUGGCUUUUGGAACAUUAUUGGUUGAAGGUAAGCAUGUUAGACUGAGUGGCCAAGAUGUCGAACGAGGAACAUUUAGUCAUCGGCACGCAAUUGUUCACGAUCAAGAAACAGGCAGAAUUUAUUGCCCUUUGGAUCAUGUCAUGGAGAACCAGAAUGCAGAGAUGUUUACAGUGAGUAACAGCUCUCUUUCGGAAUUCGGUGUUCUCGGGUUCGAAUUGGGAUACUCGAUGGAAAAUCCGGACGCCAUCAUUCUCUGGGAGGCUCAGUUUGGUGAUUUUUCUAAUGGUGCUCAAGUUAUAUUUGAUCAAUUUCUAAGCAGUGGAGAGGCUAAGUGGCUUCGGCAAACGGGGCUUGUCGUAUUGCUUCCUCAUGGCUAUGAUGGCCAAGGUCCCGAACAUUCGAGUGCAAGACUCGAACGAUUCCUCCAGAUGAGCGAUGAGGAUCCUUACGAAAUUCCUGAAAUGGAUCAAACACACAGAAAGCAAAUACAGAAAUGCAAUUGGCAGGUUGUCAAUGCUACAACUCCUGCAAAUUACUUCCAUGUUAUAAGGCGACAGAUGCAUAGGGAAUUCCGUAAGCCAUUGAUUGUAAUGUCACCGAAGAACCUGCUCCGCUACAAGUUCUGCAAAUCGAAUCUAUCGGAAUUCGACGAUGUUCAAGGCCAUGAAGGCUUCGACAAACAGGGAACCAGAUUUAAACGUCUUAUAAAGGACCAAAACAAUCAUUCGGAUCUCGAAAAAGGUAUCAGGCGACUGGUUCUUUGUUCCGGGAAGGUUUAUUACGAGCUUGAUGAGGAGCGCCAAAAGCGCAAUGCCGAUGAUAUUGCAAUUUGUAGAGUGGAACAGCUUUGUCCCUUCCCCUUCGAUCUCAUCCAGCGAGAGCUUAAGCGUUAUCCAAAUGCUGAAAUUGUGUGGUGCCAAGAAGAGUCGAUGAACAUGGGUGCAUACACUUAUAUUGCUUCUCGUCUUUGCACCGCCAUGAAAGUCUUGGGUAGGGGAUCUAUGGAAGACAUCAAAUACGCCGGAAGGCCACCGUCGGCCGCCACCGCCACCGGUUUACUGCAGGUUCACCAAAAUGAACAAGCUGUGCUUAUAAACCUCGCAAUGCAACCUGAACCAAUCAACUAUCCUUACUAG